CAUCUUAUAGUUAUUUUAGCUACUUCAUUCCUUUUUUUGCUCUGAUCAAAGAAAGUCUUUCUCCUUCUUUCCAUAACUCUCUCUCUCUCUCCUCUGCUGCCAUCUUCUGGGUUCAUGCUCUGUUUCUUGAAGUCAGAGAAAGAUAGAGAGAGUGGAUAUUUGUUUAUUUAAAAGAAAGAGCAAGUGAGAACUAAAGGACCCUAUCAGUUUUGGUCUUUGUUUGCUUCUGAUUCCUUCUCACCUUCUUCUUCUCUUCUCUAAAAGAGAUAACAUCUAAAGGCAAAAAUGUCGGCGGGAGUGAGUCAUGGUGAAGAGGCGAUAGUCUCAAGCGGAAAUGACAACGAAGGAGAACAGAUCACCGGCAACCACACCGGAAAAACCGACGAGUACGACCCCUCUAGCGGUUCUGCACUAAGCAACUUCCUCUGGCACGGUGGCUCGGUCUGGGACGCUUGGUUCAGCUGCGCAUCUAACCAGGUGGCCCAAGUGCUUCUGACGUUGCCUUACUCGUUCAGUCAACUAGGGAUGUUGUCAGGAAUAGUGUUACAGAUCUUCUAUGGUUUACUCGGAAGCUGGACUGCUUAUCUCAUCAGUGUUCUCUACGUUGAGUACCGAGCUCGUAAAGAGAAAGAAGGCAAAAGCUUCAAAAACCACGUUAUUCAGUGGUUCGAAGUACUUGAUGGACUACUCGGUUCAUACUGGAAAGCAAUAGGACUCGCAUUUAAUUGCACUUUCCUCUUGUUUGGAUCUGUAAUCCAACUCAUUGCUUGUGCCAGUAACAUUUAUUACAUAAACGAUCACUUGGACAAGAGAACAUGGACUUAUAUAUUCGGCGCGUGCUGUGCAACCACUGUGUUUAUACCAUCGUUCCAUAACUACCGUAUCUGGUCAUUCCUCGGCUUGGGUAUGACCACUUACACCGCCUGGUACUUAGCCAUCGCCUCCAUUAUCCACGGCCAGACGGAAGGUGUGAAGCACACAGGUCCGACGAAGCUAGUGCUUUAUUUUACCGGAGCUACCAAUAUCUUGUAUACCUUUGGUGGUCACGCGGUUACUGUUGAGAUCAUGCAUGCAAUGUGGAAACCACAAAAGUUUAAGUACAUUUACUUGAUGGCGACGUUAUACGUUUUCACACUGACGAUUCCGUCAGCUUCCGCCGUUUACUGGGCCUUCGGAGACGCACUUCUCGACCACUCCAACGCGUUCUCUCUUCUCCCCAAGAACCGAUGGCGUGACGCUGCCGUUAUCCUCAUGCUCAUUCACCAGUUUAUAACGUUCGGAUUUGCUUGUACCCCGCUCUACUUUGUGUGGGAGAAAGUGAUAGGGAUGCAUGACACAAAGAGCAUUUGCUUGAGGGCUUUAGCUAGAUUGCCUGUGGUUAUACCGAUAUGGUUCCUAGCUAUUAUCUUUCCGUUCUUCGGUCCAAUCAAUUCAGCUGUGGGUGCUCUUCUGGUUAGCUUCACCGUGUAUAUCAUCCCCUCCCUCGCUCACAUGCUCACUUACCGAUCUGCCUCCGCUCGUCAGAAUGCGGCGGAGAAGCCACCGUUCUUCUUACCUAGCUGGACGGCGAUGUACGUGUUAAACGCUUUCGUGGUGAUAUGGGUUCUAAUAGUUGGUUUCGGGUUCGGUGGAUGGGCUAGUGUAACCAACUUUGUUCGUCAAGUCGACACUUUUGGUCUCUUUGCUAAGUGUUACCAAUGUAAAUCACCGGUUCCAGCUGCAGCAGCUGCGCACGCUCCGGUCGCCGCUUUACACCACCGCCUUUGAGAAAUCUAGCCUGCAGGGUUUGAUGCUUUUGUGAAGUUUUAUUAUAAAUUAUUUGUUCUUCUUUUGUGUUUUGUGUACGUAUACGGGAGGGAGUAAAAGUCACGAAAAUAGUGUACUUUUUACGCAUCCCCUUUGCAUGCGUGUUAAAGCUCUUAAUUUUUUUUCUUUGAGGUUUUGUAUGUUUUCACUCCUUAGGUCGAUAAUAUAGUAGCGUGUGAUUUCUUAAUUUGGUAUUGUGAAAACAAUAGGCUAAAAGAAAUGUAUCGUCUUCUCUUCUUUUUA